GCCUCCCUGCCGCAGCAUACAUGUGCAUGUAGUCUGGGAUCUGACACUUUCCAAUUCGUUCUAAAACACAAAGAUGCCGCUGAUCGUGACCGCCGUGACGACUCCUGACGAGAUGCAGCAUGCGAUGGCUGUGCGUCGCCGCGUUUUCAUCGAUGAGCAAGGAUUCCGCGAAGCUGUGGAGACAGAGGAUCCCCACGACGAUGAGCCCACCACCAUCCACUUUGUUGGUAAGGACUCCGAGACGGGCGAGUACGUGGCGGUGGCUCGCUGUCUGCUGGACGAAGCCAACCGCAAGGCCAAAUUCGGUCGAGUGGCGGUACUGUCAAAGUGUCGCGGUAAGAACUUCGGGGCGCAGCUCAUGAAUGCCAUCGAGGAGCAUGUGCGGGAUCGUGUGGACCUGUUCGUCCUGUCUUCGCAGUAUGGACGCAAAGGAUUCUACGAGAAGUGCGGUUACCACUGCCCGAGCGACGAGAUUUACGUGGAGGAAGGAGCUAAACACUGCUACAUGAUCAAGUCUGCCAAGCUGUCGGAUUAGAUUGAUACUACGAAGUACGAGCAGCUUGAAUCUAGAGAGCUGCAACACAAUACAACUUAAUGACACCACUUU